AUGGCCACCCACUCCCCAGACUACUCGGAUGACGAGUUCGACUUUGACGAGGAAUAUUUCUCUCGCACUUACCAACCCCUCUCCAACCUCCCCACGCCGCCUCCCUCGUCCCGCGAGUCCUUGGCCGGCCCGAGUCCCCGAGCCCUCCUGGAAGAUGGAGGGCUUCUCGACUCUGCUUUGCUAGGCCCAGCAGUGCACUUGGUCAACCUCAUUCCUCCCGCGGCAUCCCUGUCGGUACCUUCCGUCCCCUUGGUUCACGAUAUGCUCGUCCGCGCGGAUCUACCCAUGGACACCAUCGCCCUCGCCGUGUGCAUCCUCGAUUCGCUCAGCUCCAAGUUCUCGCUGAACUGGCGGCUGCUCUGUCCCCUGGCGCAGCGUGAGCCCGCCAACGAGAUCACGAAGCGACACACGAUCCAGGCCAGCCCCGUGGGUGCAACACAGCUCCACAUCGACUCGGUCAAUCCCGAGUUGAUUGUUCUGGCAGCGCUAGUCAUCGCCUUCAAAUUCUUGGUCGACUGCCAGGAGCCUACGUACUACUACCGGGCAGCGUGGGGACGAAACAUGUGGACAUGCGACCAGAUAAACUUGACGGAGAGGUGCAUUAUGGAAAACCUGGGCUACCGGAUCCUGCCGCUGUGGCACCCGGCACUCAUUGCCGACGCCAUCGGCGACAUGCGACGUGCCGCGAGGCAGGCGGCAUUCCCGUCAUACCCCAGAAAUGGGGAGGCGCACAAGCGCUCCGUGAGCUCGGCCGACGCCCUUCUGGGCCACACUUUCCCGUUGACACCGGCAGAAACGCCCAUGUUACAAGAGAGCCCAGGCGCCAGUCCCGUCUGUGAGGCUGUGAUGGCUUCAUUCGGAGACAGUGGGCCCAGCCCGGUUGACUCGUCGAUGCUGCCCCUACAUCCGAGGACCAAGAGGAAGGUCCCGUUCCCUGCAGUCGGUUGA